AUGGCAUCUUCUUCUUCUGCUGCUGCUGCUGCUCCUCCUCCUCCUCUGCGCAUGGCGGUUUCACCACAAACACCAAAGCAGAGCUUGAGCCACAGAGUAUUCGUCUCUAAAUCUGAUUUCAGUACGCUUCUUGAGGGCGAGGAUAAAUCUACUUCUGAUACGACGAAAUUGUGGCGUAUGGGAAGAAGAUCAGCUCCGCUCCUCCUCGUUAUUAUUGAAGGAAAGCUCGUUUUCAAUGUUUCAUAUCCUCAGCAGUACUGCUUCGUACCUCUGCUUGCUGCUGCUCUUGUUGUUGCUGCAGUUGUCUAUUUGUACAUGUGUGCGUGUUCCAUAUUAAUUGCGGGCAAUGUGCAUGACUUUUUUAGGUUUGUCCCCCCACCAAAUUUCAACAUUUCUAAAAUGACUUUACAGGUUGAAAUGUCUCAAGACAAAAGGGUUAAGGAUGUUAAAGCUCCACUACUGCAAAUAGCAUUCAAGAAAACAUUUUCCAUGAAAGUUGUGCAUGUUGAUGAGAAAUUUUCCAUCAAAUUCAAAGGAGCACAAAUUCUUCUUACUCUAAUGGAAGCUCGUUGUGGUCACCGUUCCGUGGACCAAGGAUUGCUUACUCAUGAUUCUGAAAUUUAUUUUGAAAUCUUAGAGGGCAAUGUCAAGAUUAUUGAUCAGAUCUACGACCAAGAUAAGUUGUUCAGGAGAAGAAUCCAUGUGAAUAUUUUGGAGGAGCAGCUUACCUCUUUGGGCAUUGGAGGCAUGACAUCCACAUUCAUGAACUUGUUUGAAAAAGCAUUUGCAACAAGGACUCUGCCCUCGGACGUAAGCAAAAGGUUAAGCAUAAAUCAUGUCAAGGGUGUGCUAUUGUAUGGCCCCCCUGGAACUGGAAAAACAUUAAUUUCCAGGAAAAUAGCUGCGCUGCUGAAUGCUCGAGGUCCAUGGGUUGUAAGGGGGCCUGAAGUUUAUGCCAAGUACCUAGGAGAGUCGGAGGAAAAAAUGAGGGAAUUAUUCAAGCCUGCUCUUGAUGACCAAAAAAAAUAUGGAAAUAUGAGUCCACUGCAUAUAAUUAUCAUUGAUGAAAUUGAUUCGGUUGCAAGAAAAAGAGGUCUAUGCGUAGAGGAUGGUAAUGACAGGGUUCUAAAUCAGUUUUUAUCCCUGAUUGAUGGAUUUGACCAUUUGAAUAAUAUAUUUCUUAUUGGAACUACAAAUCGACCCGAUAUAAUUGAUGGAGCAUUAUUGAGGCCCGGUCGGCUGGAACUCAAUCUAGAGAUUUCCUUUCCCGAUGAACAAGGAAGGGAACAAAUUCUGAAGGUGCAUUCAAGAAAUAUCCAGAAAGAAGGAAUCCUUCAAUUGGAUUUUGAUUUCAAACAACUUGCUUCAAUGACUGAAAAUUGGAGUGGCGCUGACUUGGAAUCCCUUGUUCGACAAGCACUUUCCAGUGCUAUAGUUCGAGCAAGCAACGGUUUCCAGUGUUUUGAGGAGGAGAAGCUCAGAAUUACUGAAAAAGAUUUCCUUGAUUGUUUCUAUCAUAUUCAAAAUAUGAAGGAGCGUGGAGGGGCAUGA